AUGCCAUUGGCGUCAUCAAACCCUAUUUUACCAAAAAAAAAAAGUGUUAUUUCUAAUAAUAAUUGUGAGAAUACAGAAUUAAAAGAACAAAAAAACUCUUUAGAUGAUUGCAUGUCUUUUGAAAUGUGCAAUGAAUUUUAUAAAAUAAAAUCAUUACAUAAAAGCAUUGUUAGUAAAAAUGAAUUAUUACCAAAGUAUAUCCAAGAUAUAUUGAAAGAAGUGUAUGUUGAUGAAUUGUUUGUAUCUACAUGUCAACAUAUGGCAGACUUUGAUAUUGAAGAAAAAAAAUAUUCUGAAUUUAACCAAUCAAUUUCAACCAAUGUAGAAACAUUGUGGAGAACAGAACUUAAUUAUGGAAACCAAGAAACUAAUAUAUCCAGUAAUCCUACUACUAAAAAAAAUAAUUCUGUUUCUCUGCAAAAACCAAAUGAAUUUAGAAAGUCAAUUUCAACCAAUGGAGAAACAAUAUUGAAAUCAGAAAUUAAUAACCUUAACCAAUUAAAUUCAACCAAUGUAGAAACAUUGUGGAGAAUGGAAUUUAAUUUUGGAAACCCUGAAACUAAUAAACCCAGUAAUCCUACUACUGAAGAAAAUAAUUUUGUUUCCCUGCAAAAACCAAAUGAUGUAAAACAUAAAUAUCCAGAAUUAAGAAAUUCAAUUUCAACCAAUGGAAAAACAAUGUUAAAAUCAGAAAUGAAUAACCUUAACCAACAAAAAAAAACCAUUGUAACACAAAAAUUGAAUUCUUUACAGAAAACAAAGAAUGUUAAAAGUAAUAUGAAAAUCAGGAUUCAUUUGAGAGAAUUCAUACAAUCGAAUAAACCACUUGAUGAAAUUUUAGAAUCCAAAGAAUUCAGAAAUUUAAGAUUUUUUGGUGAAGAAGAAAUUGCAGGUUCAAUUGGUGUUUUUGUUUUUGAACAAACAAUUGAUACUCCAAUUAUAACUGGAUUGUCGGUCUACAGAGAAAAUUAUGACCAAUUAAACAAUGAAGAGAAAAAUAAAAUAUUGUCGUCUACAAAUUUGAAUAUUACUUGUCCAAAAAUAAUGAUGCUAACCUCGAUCACUAUGGCAUUAGUAAAAAUGUUGAGAAGUGAUACAUUAAUUGACGUUAUCUUAAAUGUUAUUCGGAAAAAUGUGUUCAAAAAGCAUAUGAAUACUGAACACACAAUUGAUGACCAAUUAAUUAAACAAGUGGUAUACUUUGUUGACAUUUGUGUUAGAUUAAGACUGCUGAAAACUCUUCAGAUAUUUAUUUUUGAUUCAAUGGUCUUAUUACCUAACAAAUAUUGUUGUAUCAUUUUUAUAUCUUUGUUGUUGUGGAAAAAUUGCUUACCUAGAAGUAUAAAUAUUGAAGAAGACCCAGUUAUUAUCACCGCGAUGUCAUUUUUGAUUGCAAAAAAGAAACUUUAUUCUGAGGAAACUGUUGGUUGUGAUAUUUUCCAAAGAGAACUGAUCAACUUACUUUCUUGUCAUUUCAAUUACACAUUUAGUAUAGACAUUCCAACUAAUUUCAUUCAACAUAUACAUAAACCUGAUUUUUUUGUAUCUGUAGUCAUGUUUUUAAAAUGUUGUGAUCCUAAAGACCUAGUGGAAUUCAUGGUCAACUGUCUGUUUCCCAUAAUUGAUAAUUAUCUGAAUACUCAACAAAACGAAGUGUAUGCCAUACAAACUAUGGAUUUGAUAAACAUAGCAAUCAAACCAUUCAAGAUAACUUGUAAUACUACUGUAGCCACUUAUCUAAUGAAAUGCAAAGAUCCAAUAAAUGGUUUUAAGAAAAAUGGAAAAGAACAUGUUUAUAACACUAUCUGUAAUAGUUACAAAAUAUUGCAGAAUAAAUUUAUUGAAUAUCUGAAUGACGGCAGACCUCGUUCUCAAUACAUUGAAGAGUCACUAAUAUCAAUCAUUUUGGUGUUAGGGUCUGUAGAUUAUUUGACCAGCUGUAUGUGUUUGAUGCAAUGGAAACCAAAAUUUAAAUUGUCUGCAAUCUUAUCUAAAAAAAUUGUCAUGUUCAAAUCGAUUAUAGGUGACAGUAUUGUAUGGGAUAAACUAUGCGCCAUAGACGACAUAAAUACAUUGAAGUGUUUGGUAAACAGCCGUUUAUUGAAUAAAGAUGUGUAUGAUACAAUGAUACAACUUCAUAAUCUUCGUUAACAAUUAAAGUGUAAUUUUAAGACUUCAAAAGAUUUGAAGAGACUUGACUGACAAUUUCUGUGAUAUUUUAAUUAUUAAACUUUUAUGGUAUAUAACACCAUUUAUAUAAUUAAUCUAAUUUUAAUUGACUACAUACGAAUUGAUUUGCUGUAAUGAUACUUAGUCACAAAAACAUGAGUAACCUCAAUUAUAAUAAUAUUACAUUAAUAUUGUUAAAUUAUAAGUGUGUUUAAGUCUCUAUGUUUGAUAAAUGAUUAUUUUCUUAUGUUAUUAUUU